GGGUAGGGUGAGUUAGGCGUACCACGGCCACCUAUAUAUAAACGUGCGCGAUUAAACCAUGACAACUUGUGCAGUAAUCGUCAACGAGAAAACGUCCGGUCGGGUCUAAAAUAUUAAAUAUAAAUAUAUUAUCUACGUGACAUCACAACAGUCGCAAAAAUGAACACCUCAGUUGCUAUUCUUUUGACUAUUCUCUCGGUGGCUGCUGCUUCUCCACUAUUCUUCAGUCAUCCAAAACACGAACACCACGUUAUCCAUGUACCAUACCAUGUACACAAGGUUCCAGUUUACAUCAAAGAACCCGUAUACAUUGAGAAGCCUGUCUACAUUUACAAGACCGUCGACCAUCACGAUCAUCACUACCAUCACGAUGACCACAGUUAUGACCACUAUAACCACGAUGAUCAUUAUGACAGCCAUUAUUGAUAAGACUAAAUAUAAUAACGACUUUUAAAAGUUAUAGUUGUUUAAAAAUUCAAGAUCAAUUUACUUUUGUAAUAUAAUUAUAAUAGGUCAUGAACCGUAAACUUAAAUCUCCUUUUUUACCAUGUAAAAUAAUGCCUGUUGUUAUUAUUUCUUUCAAUUUACCUCAUUGUUUUGUUUACUUUAUUCAAUAUAGUUCUUAAACUGUUAUUUUUUCUGCUCUUUGCGAAAACCAUUAAUUGUUUUAAUUUGAUUAUUGGCUAUUGUAUUUUAUUAAAAUAUAGUUUAUUAAAUAAAAUUAUGUUUUCCCCUGAACUACUAAAUUAUUUUCACUUGCAUUAUGACAUUAUGUCAUUAUGUCAUUGUACAUACUUAAUAAAAUACUAUACUAUUAUUUCACAAACUA